UUUCACGGUAUUUAAAUCAUACAAAAAUGACUCCAGACAGAUGGAUUAUGGACUCACGAACCCUAGAAGUGAUCCUUCAGGUGGACGGAUAUCAUAGUUUGACGUCUUUUAAAAGAAUAAAACUAUGAUUUAGAUCAUGUGAAGUUGAGUUGAUGAGUCUGGAUUAAGUGAAGACGUCAUCUAGGGCUCUCUCCCUGUCUAUGUUUUUUCUCUCACGCUGAUAAGAUGACAGAAAAGCAGCUGAUCUUUGGCCCCUAUGAGGGCCGACAGGUGAUCUGACGAAGGAAAGCUUGGGAGCGUUUCUCUGUUUUGGAGGGUUGGUGGACGUUUUGGAGGACUGUGUGUGGAUGCUGGUGUGAAACAUGGAUGUCUUUACACUGGCACUUUUUCUUCUUAUCGCCAAUGGAGUGUCAGCCGAUCUCCAGCCUCCAUACGCAGCAGUUCUCCAAGGCUCCAGUGCUCAGUUUAACUGCAGCAGCACUCAACCUCCACAAAUCAUGACCUUUAUGCUCAAUGGACGCUUGGUUGUGACCAUCAUGCAAACUUCUGGGGUGUUGAACAGCACGGACCGCUUUUCUGCCUCUAAUUUCACCACGCCUGGAAAUUACAAAUGGCAGUUUACCAUCAGCAAUGUGCAGAGAAGCGAUGCGGGUGUAGUCGCCUGUCAGGUUUUGGGUGGAGAUGCUGUGACGGCCACACUGUCUGUACAAGAACGGGGCACUGUGAAGAUCGCAGGGGGAAAUCAGACCAAAAUGCUGGGUGUUCAGACGCAGUUUAGCUGUUUGGCCGCGGGCUGGUACCCUGAGCCCAACAUGUCCUGGUCUGUGAACGGAGAGACUCAAUUCUGCAACAAAAGCUCCGUCUCGCAGGGAGGACUGUAUAACUCCAGCUGCACGCUCACACUCACGGCCAGCAAAAACUCUACUGUACAGUGUCUGGCGGCUAUACCUGCCCUGAACACACCAGACAGCAACACUGUAUUUCUGACUGUUGUUAAAAAAGACCAGACGGUGUUGAUCGCUAUUACUGUUGCCUUCAGUGCUGCUGCUCUACUGUUUCUCAUCAUCUAUGGCAUCAUUUUCUUCUGCAGGAGAAAGAAGAAAAAAUCGAGCUACCAAGAGGAGGUCAGAAGGGCACGGGUUCAGUCCCAGAACAGAAUUCCACCCAUAGAAGAAGUGCGAGGAAGGGACAACCGAGGAUAUAUAACAGAUGGACGUGACAGACACAAUAACGGCGGCGUCUGGUACACAAAGAAUUCUAAUAGACUUCAGCUGCCCGAUGACUUUUUUGGAGAUGACCGGAGGAAGCACAGACACAUGACCAUGGUCUGACUAAAACAGACCUGAACAUCAGUGUUGGAUCUCAUGGACAGCAGGUCUUUCCGUUUUAGUUCCAAUUAUAGACAAAAAAAAGAGCCUGAAGGACUGUUUAUCAGCACAUCUGCACACAAACUCAGGGAUUUUCUCUGUGGUCUCAGACGUUUGGACCCCAAUGAACACGAUUUAUUUAUUUGCAUAUUUGACGUUAUGAACUCUCACUUUUCUGAGAGUUUAACUUAUAGACAUGGGAGGUUUUGUAGCCAAAUGAACAAAGCAUGAAAAGUAGAUUUUUUUAUACAUCCACGUGUGCAAUACAUGCUCACGUUUCCACAGCAGGUUUGUUUUGAAUCAACAGCAUCCUGUUUCCUUCAGAAUUACAAAAUUAUCAGCAUAUGGCACAACACACCCGUGAGAGUUCUGCUUCCUGUUUUUUUUUUUAAUAGCCACUUUCAAUUAAAACCAAAGACUUUUCACCAGAAGCCUUCGGAGAGGAGGAAACGUCUUGUUUCACUGAGCAAUGCAUUUAAACUAUGAAUGAAUGCAUUUAAUCUCCAAUUUUACAUUAAUCAUGCAGCGAAGUGUCGCGGAUUGAAUCUAAAUAAAUCACUUAUUUAAUGAUAUCAAAUUCAGAUUAAAAGUACAGUUUUAGUUCUAACAUUUCUGUGGGACUAAAAUUGAUAAAUGGAGAAGAUUGAACAAAUUAUUAUUAUUAUUUUUUAAAAACCUCAGUGUAGUUAAUGUACUGCUAAAUUAUUUUUAUGAACGCAUUUGUAAAAAUACAUUUUCCAACCUUAUUUUUGUCUUGUUUUAAGGAUUACCUGCUCAAAAGUGUGCUAUAUUUGUGAUCAUGGCCAUGAAUGCAGUCAUAAGUGGCAGUUUUUCAACUCAUGGCUCAUUCUGAAAAUGUACCUCUAUAUACAUUUCUGGAGAGUGCCAAAUACGUCCCAGGAUGACGUUUUUUUUUUUUGCAGUUUUUGUUUUCGCAAGAUCUCAAAUUUCUCUCGCGAGUGUCAUUCCCGCCUGCCGAAAAUACACCAGUGGCCGCUACUGACUGACCGAUCGAUUGACCCACCUUCCUCCUUCCCUAAACCAUAACCAAUUGUAUUGAUUGACCCGCCCACCCACGUCCCUAAAGCCAACCAACAAUUUUCAAAAGCAAUCCAAAAAAAGAAAAGCCCUUGUCUGAUUUUUACCACGUUUUCAGAUUUUACCACAUUCUCACCCUGUUAUUUACUUGUUUAUUUUAUUUUUUGGCUUCUGUUUUUGUUUACGCCCGCUUUCUGGAAUCGUUCUUCACCGGACUCAAAUCCUGUCAUCAUAGUCAACUUCCCUCUGCAUCUCAUACUCGGCGAGCUAUUGGACAAACUGGUAACAGUGGAAAACCGUCCUUAAGGAGGAAAGCGGUCACCUGGUAAGCGUGGAAAGGAACUGCGUCAUACCGCCCUGUAGUGUUCAUUUUAAAGACGAAAUGCAGCUAUACGUACAUCUGGCUACAUAAUUCGUGAUCUCCAGAAAUGUAUAUAGGGGUACAUUUUCACAAUGAGCCUGUGUUGCCAAUUUUUUUUUUAAUUGAGGUUUAUGUAUUACAUGAAAGUUGUAUAAAUAAGCUUUUUGGUGAAAUAAUAUUUGGCUAAAGUAUAAAAAUCUGGAAUCUUAAGGUUAAAAAAUCGACAUAAUGAGAAAAUUGCCUUUAAAGGUCGCGUGAAGUGCUUUGAAAUGUGCAUUUUUAUUCUAUGUUUGACGUAAUCUCGACUGAAAAACAAAGAGAGGGCAGGGCAUAGUGUAGCUCCUCCCCUUUUAAAAUAACAGCCAAUGGCAUGUUGUUUUAUCACAGCUCUGCCAGUGAGAGUUGUUGAGCUUAAGUGCAGCAAAUGAAAAGCAAAUGUGAAGCAUCUUGAGGGGGACGGGGCAUGUCAGAUACUAGAGAGCAUUUGAUUGGUCAGAAGAUUUUGAUUGGUCAGAAGAUUUGAAGUAUGAGGUGAUGAUCCAUUUAGGCGGAUGUGACAAAGUUACAAGCUUUAUAUGUUUAUAUCAAUUUUAUAUCUUUAAAACACAAAUUUUGUCACUGUUUAUAGAUAUCCUUAUAGAUAUCCUUGAAGACUAACAUACUGAUACCAACAUCUAAAAAAUGUUAUUUUAAUUUCACUGGACCAUCAAAGCUUUGCAUAUUAUUAAUCAGAAGUUAUGUUUUUAUAGGUUUCUAUGUAUUUACAGUUGGAAAUUUACAAAAUAUCUUCAGGGAACAUGAUGCUUACUUGAUAUUAAGAUUUUUUGCAUCAAUUAUAAAUUUGACCUAUACAAUGUAUUUUUAGUUACUGUAAAAAAAGAUUCCCUUGCUUGUUAAGGGUUUUGUGGUUCAGGGUCACAUGUGUUAAAAACAAAAACAAAAUGGCAGUGAAAUUAUAAAUUAAUGCAAGAUAUAUUCUUCAGAAGCAGGUUUUAUUAGAACUUACUAGAAUCUUAUUUCAAGGAUGUUUGGAUCAUUUAUGUUGCAGAAAGCAAAAAUCCUGAAUUCUGAAAAUGAUAUUUACUUAAUGACUCUUGUCUAAUAGACAACAUAAUUAUGUCCGCAUUAACUCUUGUACAUUUAGCAAUAAACAAUUUUUUGUACAAUUUUCGUUUCUUAAUUUGUUAGAACUCAAUGCUGUGAUGCUAGGUGCAAUGCUGUAUAUAAUAGGAAUGCAUCGCAUAUAUACAUAUAUAUAUAUAUAUAUACAUACAGUUGAACAUACAGUUGAAGUCAAGAAAUUAUUAGCCCCCCUUUAAAUAAAAUUUUUUUUUUUCUAUUUCCCAAAU